AGAGUGACCCCAGUACUUCCUCCCACUUGCAGUGUCUUCCCUCCCUCUCCUUACACACGCUCACUCACAUAGACUCCCUUCCCUCCCCCACACUCACUCUCUCUUUCUCAUGCACACAUAACCACCCUCCCACAACACACACCGUAUCUUCCUUCUCUCCCUCACACACACACACAUUUCUUCCGCCGCUCUCCCCUCCCACACACUGUUUUCCCCGUCCUCCUCUCUUUCCCACACUGGCACAGAGUGACGGUGGCUGUGCGGUAACAACGCCGAGGAAAGUGCUCUAUCCCCCAGGACCGCUCCGCCUCCACCGCGCUGUUGCGGCCGGCGGUCGGGUCCAGCCUCCAGCUGCAGCGGGCGGGAGGCGGCAGGUCUGCGGAACCGGCCGGCUGGACUGCGGGUUUGAGUAUCCAACGCCCUCCGUCCUUAUGCCCAGUGUCACUGAAGAGGCAAGAUCCUCCUCUUUUGCUGAAGAAAGCUGUCCACGGGGCUGACAUCCGCUCGUCUCCAAUGUACCGGUGCUGGAGCACUGGACACUAUGAGAGCCGUGGCCAGGGUACAUCACCCAACUCUGCUGCCCAGGAGUGCUGCUGUGUGUCCACAAGAGGGGGCACAGGUACAGUGAGGGUGUUUGUCAUUCCCGGGACUAUGCUGAGAGGCCAGGAUGGACACAGCCAUGGAAUUGGAUAAUUUCCAUUCAGUGCCCGAGGCCAUGGACAAGUCAUCCGUAAAGCAGGGCUGGUAUGUUUCCUACCCAGUCAGCUUCCAGGUGUCGCUGACCAGCUUUCUGACGCUGGAGAUUGUGCUGGCAUUCGGCAGCAACCUGAUGGUGCUGGUCCUGUACUGUGUGCAGAGUGGCCUGGUAGACUCGAUCAGUAACGUGGUGACCAUGAACCUGCAUGUGCUGGACCUCAUCAUCUGCCUGGUGUGUGUCCCCCUGACCGUCACCGUGGUGCUGACCCCGCUCGACGGUGAUGUGGCACUCCUAUGUUGUUUCCACGAGGCAUGUGUCACCUUUGCCAGCGUGGCCACCGCCGUCAAUGUGCUGGUGAUCAGCCUGGACAGGUACGACAUCUCGGUGCGGCCAGCCAACAGGCUGCUGACGCCCGGCCGGGCGGUGCUUCUGCUAGCCGCCGUCUGGCUCCUCUCACUGCUGGUCUUUUUCACGCCCUUUGUCGAGGCCGAGUUCUUCAGGGUUCCGCUGCAGAGCCCCGCCUGGCAGAACCGGAGCCUGCUGUGCAUUGGCACCAGAGAGUACCGGCGCCGGCCGGCCGUCUACGGCCAUCUCUUCCUGCAGAUCCCCUGCUUCUGCUUGGCUGCUGCGGGCAUGCUGGCUGCCUACUCCCGCAUUCUAAAGGCGCUCGACAUCCGCGUCGGCAACCACUUCGGCCGCGGGCAGAAGCACAAGAGUAGGAGGCGGAGGCGACGAAAGAGGAAGGGCACGGGGGCAGGGGCGGCCUCGCUCGGCACUCAGUACGAGAGCAGGAGGCCGGCCCCUGCCACGGGAGGACCACCCCCUCCACUGGGCGUCCACGCCUCAGUGUCGGUGAUCAUCGCGCUGCGGCGGGCAGUCAGGCGGCACCGCGACCGACGGCAGAGGCAGAGGCGGGUGUUCCGGAUGUCACUCAUCACCGUCUGCACCUUCCUGCUGUGCUGGGCUCCUGUCUCAGUGGUGAACGUGUUGCUGCUGAGUCUGGGGCCCAGUGACCGGCUGAUCCGUCUGCGCCUCUGCGGCCUAGCGCUCGCCUACGCCACCACUGUCCUCCACCCACUGCUGUAUGCCUUUGCCCGACACAAGUUCCGUCAGGUCCUCAAGAGCAAGGUGAAGAAGCGGGUAGUGUCCGUGCUGCAAGUUGAUCCUGCGCCCAGUGCCACUGUCAUCCACAAUUCCUGGGUGGAGACUGGCAAGGCUCAGCAGGCAGGGGCAGCUGGGGCUCGGUCCCAGCCCCUGGUCCACGUCCAGGCCUGAUCCUCCACACCACAGCACAGGCCCACUUCAGCACUUGACCCCAAUCCCCCAUCCCACCCUCAAUCACCCCAAUCCCCUAUCCCACUCUCAACCACCUCAUUCCCCCAAUCCCAUCCUCAACCAUUCCCCCAAUCCCAUCCUCAAUCACCCACAUCCCCAAUAACACCCUCAAUUACCCCUAUUCCCCAAUAACAAUCACCCCCAUUCCUGCAAUCCCACCCCACCCUCAAUCACACCCAUUCCUCUAUCUCAAUUACCCCCAUUCCCCAAUUUCACUCUAUCACCCCUUUCCUCCCUCAAACUCCCAAUCCUACCUUCAAUUCUCCUAUUUUCGAUCUCGCUCGCCCACCUUCCCCAAGCCCCUUCCUCGAUCCCACCCUCAAAUACCACCAUCCCUCCCUCUUCCACCCUCAGUCCCAACCUCAAACACCAGCAUUCCUCCAUCUACCCCAAACUUCACCCUCAAUCUCACCUAUUCUCAAACUUGCCCUCCCUUCUUCCAUCUCCCCAUCCCACCCUCAUUCCCCCCUUUCCAUCUCUUCCUCCCUUCCAGAACCAAAGGCACCAAGGUCCUACCCCUAGAGCACCCAGCAAGACCCUUCAGCACCGAAGCCCUGUCCCUACUCUUGACAGCACCCAGUGGAACACAGCAGUGCAUAGGUUAAACCAGUCCCAGAACCAUAGCCAGCAGAGGGGUCCACCAACAACCCCCUCACCUAGGCCCCACAUCCCUCCCACCCUCACCUCUUUUGUACUGGAGGCUCCUAGCUGCCUCUGGAGAGAAGGUAAAGGCCAGUUUCAGUGCCAGUGUGGGGAGGCAGGAGCGGUGUCCCACCAGGAGAUGGAGGUUACUACAACAUGAGGCUGCCAGAAGAACCCAGUGCUCCACUGGGUACAAAACUCCAGGAGCUCAUGCCGACACAGACUCAACUGGACAGACAGAUACUGUGCCCCAGACCAGAUCAGAAGCUGGGUAUCCUGUGGGUUGUGACUCAUCUCCUGACACACCAGGCUCUUUGCACCACCUAGCAGGCACAGGUCGGGAAUGUGAUUGAACUCUCUCCACUGGCCUAGGUGAGCACAGCUCUCGAGAAGUUCAACACUGUCCAGAACAAAGAACCCGCUGGAUCUGCCCUGCCCACCUCAUGAAACAAACACCCUGUCCCUCCAGUACUGGCACACUGAGGCUGCAGAAUUCACUCCUCCCAGAACAGUGACUCUACCUCCAAGAACAAAGGCAGUGGGUGCAGAGAGACACCACCACCUGCAGGUUCCCCAGCACCGUGGCUCGGAAAUGUCUCGCUGUUCCUUCCUUGUCAUUGGCUCUAAACCCUGAACUCCCUCCCCACCAGCACCGUGGUGAACACCUUCACCAGAAGGACUGCAAAGAGCACCUCAGCCCCUCCUUUUCGAGGGCAAUUGGGGUGAGGGCAAUAAACACUGACUGACUAACAGGAGGAGUUUUAUUCUUUCAGAACCUCAUAAACCCUCAGAGUGCAGAGGUAGGGCCGACUAAUGUGUCAGCAUGGAGGGUGGUGCCUAGUGUCGGUGAGGAGAUGGGCCCACCGUGCAGUGGAGGGACCCUCAGAGCAUGGAGGCUGGUGCCUAGUGUCGGUGAGGAGAUGGACCCACCGUGCAGUGGAGGGACCCUCAGAGCAUGGAGGCUGGUGCCUAGUGUCGGUGAGGAGAUGGACCCACCGUGCAGUGAUAGGGCCCUCAGAUCACAGAGCAUGGAGGGGGGGUCAACAAAUGAGUCAGUGUGGUGAAAGGACACUCAGAGCACGAGGUGGGACCCUCAGAAGGUAGAGGGAGACCUUCAGAGCACAGAGCAUGGAGGCAGCUUCCACUGACUGCAAAGCUGGGAAAUUUGGUGAAUUGGGCAAGAGGUUUUGGAAAAUAUGGAGGGUUAAAUUAAGAAAAUACAAUUAUGAAACUAAAGCUGAGACUAAAAGAAUACCAGCAGGAGUGGUUCAGUCCGAGUAAGAAAUGACUAGUUUUCAAAUACAGACAGAAAGAGCUCCUUCAGCCCAAAUCAUGCAUGCUGAUUUUUGUCCAUCUGCACACAAAUUCCAUUUAUACAUGUUAAGACCUUGUCCUUUUGUAUUUUGCCUACUUAAUUGUUGUCUAAUGUCUCUGAAACAUGGUGAUUGUUGACAUUUAAUAGAACCAGGCCCUUCAACCUAACAGCUGACAUCAACUCUCCAUGAUCUACCCCGUUCACCAUUGUUUGGCCCAUACCUCUCAAUUCCUGCCCAAAUGCCUUUUAGAGCAUUGAACAGACAGUACCAGCCCUCCGGUCCAUGAUGUUGUGCCAGCCUUUUAACCUCCUGUAAGAUCAAUCUAACCCUUCCCUCCCACAGUGCUCUCCAUUUUUCUAUCAUCCAUGUGGCUGAGUCUGCCUCUACCCCUGCCCUUGGCAGUGUGACCCUUACCCCCACCUCCCUCUUUCAAAAAAACCUACCUCUGACAUCUCUUCCCACCCCCACCCC